UUUUUUUUAAUAACAGCGUUAGUACUUCAUCAAAAUCCAUCACUUAAACAUCAAGAAAAUGAGUUUUUGGCUUAUAAUAAUAUGGACCGCUUUGUCAACCCUAUUGGGUUAUUUAAGAGUGAAGUACAACUAUUGGGUAAUGAAUGGUGUAAAACAGCUAAAACCUCAUUUUUUAUUUGGACACUUUUUUAAACUGAAAUCCUUGCAUCAUACGGAAAUAAUGCAAGAGGUAUACGACAACUUUAAAGGUAAAGUGAAAUUGGCAGGCAUUUACUUUUAUACCAAACCCAUAGCGGUAAUAUUAGAUUUAGAUGUGGUAAAGGCAAUAUUAAUAAAAGAUUUUCAUAAUUUCGAGGAUCGUAUGGAGUAUAAAAAUACGAAAGAUAUUUUAUCUACUCAUUUAUUCAAUGUCGAGAGAACGGUUUGGAAACCAUUGAGACAAAAAUUAACACCAACUUUUACCUCGGGAAAAAUGAAAUUUAUGUUUCCUACCAUAAACAAACUAACGCAAGAACUAAGAGAGGCUUAUGAGAGAAAUAUCGAAGAAUUUGGCGAUAUGGGUGUUAAUAUGUAUGAUCUUAAUGCACGCUAUACUACUGAUGUAGUGGGUACUUGUAUUUUUGGUAUAGAGUGCAAUAGCUUAAAAGAUCCCUCUGUAGAAUUUAGACAAAUUUGCUCCAAAGUCUUUGGACGCACCAAUUUUAAUGUACGCUGGCAUAUGUUUAAGCUAACUUAUGCAAAAUUAAUGCAAUUUUUGGGUUCCAAAAGAUAUCCACAAUUUAUUGAAGACUUUUUUAUGCGUGUAGCUAGAGAUUCCGUUAUAGAACGUGAGAAACAAGGAAUAAAACGUAAUGAUUUCCUAAACAUUUUAAUUGAUUUGAAAAAUACGAAGGAUGAGAAUGGUGAAGCCAUGUUGACGUAUGAUCAGAUUGCAGCACAAUUGUUUGUAUUCUUUGUAGCAGGUUUUGAGACUUCCUCGACGAAUAUGAGUUAUGUUCUAUAUGAAUUAGCACGUCAUCCUGAGAUACAGGAAAGAGUUAGAAAGGAAGUGUUGCAGGUUCUGGAGAAAUAUGAUGGUGAGUUGACCUAUGAAGCCAUGAUGGAAAUGACCUAUUUGGAUCAAGUCAUAUUGGAAACUCUACGUCUUUAUCCCGCUCUUUCAUAUAUACAACGCGUCUCUCUCAAUGAUUACAAAAUACCAGAUACCAAUAUUACUUUGGAUAAAGGCACCAAUGUUUAUAUACCCGUAAAAGCUAUACAUUUGGAUGCUGAAAUAUACGAAAAUCCUUUAGAAUUUAAACCAGAACGUUUUAGUCCUUCCCAAACAGCCGCUAGACAUUCUCAAUCGUUUUUGGGUUUUGGUGAUGGUCCUCGCAAUUGUAUUGGUUUACGUUUUGGUCGCAUGCAAAAUCGUAUUGGUCUAGUUACUCUUUUAAAGAUAUUCAAGUUUUCUCCUUGCUCGAGAACUUGUGAGAGGAUAAAAUUUUCUAAUCAUAGUAUGGUUAAUAUUCCCUUAAAUGGUAUUUAUUUAAAAGUUGAAAAGUUAUAAAGAUUAUAGCUUAUUUUGUAUAUAUAAAAAUAUAUUUGGUUUUUAUUUGGGGUAAUGAUUCCAAAAAUUAUGUUA